AUGUCUGAUAAUACAACAUAUGAGGAUUGGGGAAUGGUUAUCAAUUGGAGUGGAGAAAUUAAAAGUAAUCUUAGCUUUGGAAUAUCUUCAUCUUACCUGAAACCAGAUAAUUCCUGGAAUGCAAGAUAUAACAUUAUAGUCAACAUCGAUCCAAGAAAAGGGUUUUUGUGUUAUUCUCCAAUGCCAAAAACGAAUUAUUUAGCUUUGGAACAAUAUACAGUUGAUAAUAAUGGUAAAAUCACUUUAUUACAAAGUGAUACGAUCGAAAUAGGAGCUAAAAAUAACAAGUUCAAUGUAGUCGAAAAAAUUACGACCGCGACUAUUAAUUCUACUAAUGCUAGCGCAACAACAACUACACUCAUUAAUGCAGAUAUAAUCGCAACUGCAGUCACUACAACGAUUAUACCUACUAUCACGCCAACUGUCGCUAUUUUAUCUAAUCAAACAAUAAAAACGUUUUAUAAAAUACGCUUUCUCUCCACGGGAGCUAUAGUUGCACUUAAUCAAAUGUUCACUUUAAAUG